AUGCGUACCUGUGCUGUAUACCAGAAUGGUGUCCCUGCAAAACAUGUCCUUCGACUCUCUGGGUAUAAAUAUAGUGGAGAAAGUAAUUCUGCACAGGAAGAUAAGUGGCAGAUAGCGUUUGGGCAAGUUAGACUAAUGUUUCGUUCCAAAGUACACACCCAAAGCCACUGCGACGCUGAUGACGGCUGCAACCACAAGCCACCAGCAUAUACGUUUGCGGUCAGAACGUUCCCAUACCUUGAAGCUACCGCCGCCGGUGUGCCCAAACGCAGCUGUGCUUAUACCAGAUGUUACUCCUCAGGCAGAUUGGCCCAAGGGCUGACCGUGGUAGUCAAGAACUCCAGGAGGAAACGGACCCCGGCGUCGAGUAGAUUGACCUAG